UGUAGCUUGCGUGACUCAUAGCAGAGUGGUUGCAAGCUGUUAAAAAAGCUGUUAUUUAGCUCAUUAGUUAGCUGGGUCAAGCGCUGCAUAUUGCUGGAUGGGGUAGUUAAACAUCGCGUGACAGCUGAUGGUUUGACGGAUGCGGAUUGACCUUGUGCGCCGGUUUCACCACCCAUUUCUAAAUUUAUGCUACUCCCUGACCAAAUUCCCCUGUGCUACUAAUUAGUCAUUUUGUAGUUCAAUUGUUUUGUCACGUACAUACGUUGACUUUGUCAAAAAACUCGUGCAAAUUUGGUCGGAAUUCCGUGACAUGUUUUGCUAAGAACAACACGCCGGCUCCACUGGAAUGUUCUGCUGUUUCCCGUCGGCCAUGUUAGAAAAGGCGAGAUGGAAAGCUAACGAGCUAGCUAGUUAAUCCUAGCAACGAGAGUGAGAUUUGUCCAUAAAACAAGUUUCAAUUUGAUUUUGUUUACUACCACCUGGCUGCCGACAGGUCUGCAAAAGCAAGAGGGCUAACUAACUUACUUUUGAGACUUUCCGGGCAAUGGAAAAAUAAACACCGGUGAGGUGGAAGGGGCGAAGAUUCUGUCUGCAAAGGAUUUUGUUGGUAUCCCUCUUCCCACCUACAGCAAUGGUAACAGACAUUUGAUAAAUGCUAACGUAAAACAGAAGUCAAAACGCAAUGUUUUUACCACUCUUUCAAAAGUGGGCAGCAAAGAGGGUCUUGUUCACAAGAAGAAUAUGGACCGCAUAAAUGACAAGGCCCAGGAUUUCACUAAUCACUAUGAGGGAAAGUUUUUGGACAAAAAGGAAUCUGCUUUGUUUCUGAAUGGGGUAGUAAACUCUGCUCAUAUUACAAAUGGUUACUCCAGCAAGUCACCCCCUGAUAAUGAUGGCAGUGGCUCAGAAGGUGGAUAUACUACUCCUAAGAAACGCAAGACCAGACGCAACAGCAUCAAGAACACAGAGCAUGUGACAAGAGAAAGGGAGAGAGUCAUGCAGCAGGGCAAUGCCACACAGGAGCCAGAGGUUUCUGAACUUGAACCAACAGAGAAAUUGGUGAGCUCGCGAAUUCACAAUAAAGCAGACGCCCAGACAGCAGUCAAGCGGAUGGAUGCUCCAGAGGUGGCUAUGAGUGAACUGCAGAAGAAAAACUCAGACAGUAAGACUGCUGCAGGUGCCUUUGGUAAAAAGUUUGAGAAUAGGCCCAAAGCCAAGCUCUCCUCCUCUUCGAAAGAGGACUCUUGGACUUUAUUCAAGCCCCCUCCAGUAUUUCCUGUGGACAACAGUAGUGCUAAAAUAGUGCCCAAGAUUAGUUAUGCAAGUAAAGUUAAGGAGAACCUCAACAAAGCAGCCCAGGCUGGAGGAGAGGUGCUGACUCCUCAGGUGCCUGGUAGACUCUCACAGGUCCCCAUGUCUGCUAUGAAAACCAUAAUCUCAGCUAGCUUUACUAAUGGCCCCGUUUCUGGAGAUGGAAAUAGUUGCCCGUCUGUUGGUACCUUCUUCACUCCUGCUGCUAGUAGUAUUCCGCCAGCCACCUCCCUCCCAUGUGGGGAGAACGUAGCAUCCACUUUGGACAAUGACUAUAACUCUUUAACCAACCCUGCAGCUGUAGAUCUGAGAAAGUGUACUCUUUUCAUUUACCCCCUAAACCCUUUAAAUAUGCAACCUGUGCUCCCUAGUGCUCGUCAAGUGGACACCCAGGCUGCUCAGACAAAUCAGAAAGCCUUGGGGGACAUUUUCCAGAAUCAGUGGGGGCUGUCUUUCAUCAAUGAGCCAAAUGUGGGGCCAGAAGGAGGAAGCGGGCCGGUGGCUGCCGUGGAGGGCAAGGCUGCGGUGGUAACAUUUCAAGGGGAGCAAUGCCCUGCUGCCAAGCCAGGCCUUGACUCUAAUCUAUCAAUCCCAGAGCCUUUGCCUCUCACUUUGGCUCAAGACUCCGAGAAAAGGACUAGUGCCCCAGCUUGCCCACCUGCUACAGUGAAGGGUGAGGAUGGGGAAAAGACUCAGCUGUCUAGACAGGAGAAGACAAAGGGCGAGGCUAAGAGUCCAGGUGCAGUUUUGUUGGCCUCUUGUAAAGACAUUAGUGCUGAGCCUGCCCAGGCCCCCCUGACCAACCUAGUGUUGGGACUGUCUAAAGAGCCGCCCCAUUCUAAGAGCCUGGACAGAGGUAGCUGGGGGUCGUUUGAUCUGAAAGCUGCUGUUACUUAUCACACUAAAGAAAUGGAAUAUGUUUUCAAUUUGCAAAAACAAGAUCCAAAAAGAGUAGUCUGUUAUGACAAGACCAAGGAUGGACCUUAUCAGUGAGGUAGUGAAUGUCAACAAUUACAUGUACCUUCUCCCUACCUGGGUGCUGCAGAUGUCUUCUUUGGCGGUUAUGAUCCCUUUGGAAAACAAAAUCGAGUCAACUGUGACAUACAUUUAUUGGAAUACAGAAUGGGAUAAUGGGAUUCGUUUUUUUGGGGGUGCGUCAGAGAAGAGGAAGAUGACAAGGGAAGGUGUAAUAUGAGGAAAUAUGAAUCCAAUUAUUGGCAUUAAGUUGAGCGCAGGAGCUUCGGCUGACGCUCUGGACUACACAAAGACUCAAACACUUGAAAGAAAUUUUGGGUGCCUCUCCCAUGUGAAUGGACACUUGUGACACUUUCUGCUGUAAUAGAUGUUGGUCUCAUAGCUCCUUCCUCUGGGUGUUGAGGACAUAAGACUGAGGAAGGCGCAAACUGCACCUCCCGAGCCUUUAUCCUCUUGCCCAUUGAACUGUGGUGACUAUGUCUGACAGUAGGAUGCCUCAAUCGUUUUAUUUCCUCAUGCAUUCAAAUUAGUCCAAUAUAUGUAGAUUUGUGUAUGUGUUAUGAUUUAUGCAUACACAUCAGUAUAUGUGCACAUUUGAAUACAUUUUAAAAGAAAAUUAACUAGAAAUUCUAAGAAUGCCUUGAAAUUUACAAAAUGUGAAGGUUAUGAGAAGGCUGGUAGUAUUGAUAAGCCUGUUAGGCUGCAGGUUAAAUGAGAAAUAUAUAUGUUUAGGGAACGCAUUUGUCUUAAUUACUUUAGUGAAUUAACUAUGCCCAGCAAACACCUGACUGCUUGGUAUCAGUUUUGACAACUAUUUUACUCUGUUUUGUAUGGUUUAGCGAUUUCAGAUGUGAUCUACAGUAGCAAAAAACUCCCAGAGCACAGAUAGAGACGUGUCAAAUCAGAAUGAAACUAAAGCCAUGUCAUAAUCUCGUGGUUCGGUUGUCAGUUUUUGUUAGCCGUGCUAAUCAGUAAAAAAGUUGUGGCAUUAAUUGUCUUCAUCUGAGUUUAGCUUUAUUUGUACUUUUAUUUCUUCUUAAUCCUUGCUGUUUUCAGUCUACAUAUUUCAUUAAUUUCAUAUUAAGAUUGAUGUAGGCUAUUCCUUAAUUUUAGAUGUAGGUUCUCUUGAGCUUUUCACUUGAUUGUGGGAGUUUUCAGGAAGAUGAGAAAAGUGACAUUGUGGAUCAAGGGCUAUCUAUGUAUGUGAUAUUUCAAAAUAACUUUUUUUUGUUUGGUGUAUUUCAUCAGUAAGGUUCAAAAUGUCUAAUUCAUUAGGCCUGUCUAAGCUAUAUUUGAUGACACCAUGUGGAGAAAUGGCAAAUUUCUUAUUUUCUUGCUCAAGCAAUUUGCUUUUGAUUUGCUGACCAACCUGUUCAGCAUAGGAUACUAUUUGCCCUUUCAGCAUUUGGUCUUUAAUCUCUCUCUCUUACGACAAUGUAUUUCUUACACGUGUUUACUGGUGUGGAUGAGAUGUGAGAAGUCUCAGUAUAAUAUAACCAAGCAAAUAUUAGACAGAAAACAAUCGCAAUACUAAUCAUUUCAUGUCCCAGACCAGCCGCUCUUUGUUAUACUGUGCAUAGAGAUUUGGUGGUGAUGGCGUUUCAUAAUACCGUAUCAUCGAGUUAGUCUUUGAUCAAAGUGACUGUCAAGAGGCCUAAACAUGUCAAGGCAGGCCAAAUUUGGCAAUACAUUGAGUGGACAACCACGAUGUCAUUGGUACUACCAUCUCCCUCUCAGUUGGGUUUUUGGUUUUGCGCUAAGGAAGGACAUUAGUUUCUUUUCUCUAGCAUAAAUUAUUUGGUUGUGUGGAUUAAUAGCACUUUAUUUAACAUAGUUUUUUUAUCUUUCAAUUACUAC